CCGCGCUGUCAGCCCUUGCCCGCUACUAUGCCUCCAAAUCGUACCCUUCGCAUACCAUAAUCUCCAUGCCCGCUCUCUCCCCUACCAUGACCGCCGGCAACAUCGGCACCUGGCAGAAGAAGCCCGGUGAUUCUCUCGCCCCUGGCGAAGUGCUCGUCGAGAUCGAGACGGACAAGGCGCAGAUGGACUUCGAAUUCCAAGAAGAAGGUGUGUUGGCAAAGAUCUUGAAGGAGAGCGGAGAGAAGGACGUCGCAGUGGGCAACCCGAUCGCUGUUAUGGUCGAGGAUGCUGGUGACGUAGAGGCCUUCGCAGACUUUAGCGUUGAGGAUGCCGGAGGUGACAAGUCCAAGCCUGCAGAGGACAAGAAGGGCGGUCAAGAAGCAGCCGAAGCUUCUGAGCCACCUUCAUCAGGAUCUGGCACUGCACCGGAGCCAAAGCAGGAGUCUGCACCCGCCGGUCAGGAGUCAGAGUCGACUGGUGAGCGGUUACAGCCGUCUAUCGAGAGAUGGAAGGGCAAGCAGGCUGCUCAGCCUGCACCAACCUCUGCAGCUACACCGGCUGCUGCUGCAGCACCUCCUUCGUAUGAAGACACGCCAGCCACCUCUAUGCGCAAGACCAUCGCCAGCCGUCUUACUCAAUCCAUGAACCAGAACCCGCAUUACUUCGUUGCAUCAACCGUUUCCGUCACCAAGCUUCUAAAGCUCCGACAAGCACUGAACGCUUCCGCUGAUGGCAACUACAAGCUGUCAGUGAACGACUUCCUCAUUAAGGCGAUUGCAGUCGCAGCACGGAAAGUACCGGCGGCGAACAGCAGCUGGCGCGAGGAUGGCAAGGAGGUUAUGAUCCGACAACACCACACCGUCGACGUGUCUGUCGCUGUCGCAACGCCUGUUGGUCUCAUGACACCUAUCGUAAAGAACGUCAACGCUCUCGGUCUCGAGAGCAUUAGCUCCCAGAUUAAGGAUCUUGGCAAGCGGGCACGAGAUGGGAAGCUCAAGCCGGAAGAGUACCAGGGCGGCACCAUUACCAUCUCAAACAUGGGCAUGAACGACGCCAUCGACCGGUUUACGGCCGUCAUCAACCCACCGCAAGCGACCAUCGUGGCAGUGGGUGCGGUAAAGAAGGUUGCGAUCCCAAAGGAGACGGAAGAUGGCAGCGAAGCCUUCGAGUGGGACGAGCAGAUUGUCCUCACCGGCAGCUUCGACCACAAGGUCGUGGACGGCGCAGUCGGCGGCGAGUUCAUGCGCGAGCUGAAGAGGGUGAUUGAGAACCCAUUGAACAUGGUGCUGUAAGCCCACCAUGGCGUAGGACGACUGCGGUAGAAAGCAUUGGGAAGGGAAGGCGCCGAUGGGAGCCAUGGCCAUGGCUUCUGUACAGUGAGCCCUCAGCUUCUUUCAGCAUUGUGUGUUUCUAGUCUUUCAGCGCGCGGGCUGUUCGCUGAGUGUUGGGUGAGCAGGGCGCAUUGUAGUGGUGUACUAAAACGAGCGACUUGACUUAUGCACUGACAGAACUGUUGUCACAUAAGCAUUCACAUGCACCUGCCAGGGCCCAG